AAGUCAGACCACCAGUUAGUCAAACAAUCUGGAGCUAAUAGAGGCUGAGCAGGAGGGACCAAAGGUAGGGCAAAUGUGCUAAAGGAAUACAGCAAUGCUGGACUCCUGAGAAGAAGACUGAGACGUAAGCUAGGAUCUUUAUUAUUUAUCCCUGGCAGCGAGACUGGCAGGAUGCUGAUACUGUGAAGAACAAGGGAUAGAUGAGUUCAAACAAGCUACAGGUGUGUGCUUGAAGGGAUUUGAUGGAGAAGACCUUGUUCUCUGCUGCUAAUUUCACCCCACGAGCAGAGGCGUUCUUCUGAUUGGGAAAAUGACUCUUGUGUUUUGACGACAGCUGAAGGAUCAUGGGAUCAUCAACGCUGGGGAAAGCUGCCACAUUGGAUAACCUGUUAAAUGCCUGCAUUGAGGCUUUUGAUGACAACGGAGAAUUGAGCAGCAGCCAGUUACCAAGGAUGGUGCUGCUAAUGCAUCGCUGGUACCUCACUUCAACUGAACUGGCUGGAAAACUUCUCCUAAUGUAUCGGGACUGUGUUGUCGAAGACUAUAAAAUGACAAGACUCAAAAUCUGCUACUUCAUAAGAUACUGGAUCGUGGAGUUCCCUGCCGAGUUCAACCUGGAUCUGGGAUUGAUUCACCUGACUGAGGAAUUCAGAGAAGUGGCUGCUCAGCUCGGCUAUGAUGAACACAUCAAACUCAUUGACAUCUCAAGCAUCCCAUCGUACGACUGGAUGAGGAGGGUGACUCAGAGGAAAAAGCAGUCUAAAAAAGGCAAAGCGUCCCUGCUGUUCGAUCACCUGGAGCCCAUGGAGCUAGCAGAGCACCUCACUUUCCUGGAGUACAAGUCUUUCAGAAGGAUAUCGUUUACAGAUUAUCAAAGCUAUGUGACCCAUGGUUGCCUGGUGGAUAACGCUACACUAGAAAGGUCCAUCGCGCUCUUUAAUGGCAUUUCCCAAUGGGUGCAGCUCAUGGUGCUCAGCAAACCUACUCCCCAGCACAGAGCAGAGGUCAUCACCAAAUUCAUCUAUGUGGCUCAGAAGCUGCUUCAGCUCCAGAAUUUCAACACCUUGAUGGCAGUGGUGGGUGGGCUGAGCCACAGUUCCAUCUCUCGCCUAAAAGAGACCCACUUGCACCUCUCACCUGAAGUUACAAAGACGUGGAAUGAAAUGACAGAGCUGGUCACCUCCAAUGGGAACUAUUGCACCUACCGCAAGGCCUUUGCAGACUGUGAAGGAUUUAAGAUUCCCAUUCUGGGUGUUCACUUGAAAGACUUGAUAGCCAUGCAUGUGGUCUUCCCCGACUGGAUCGAUGAGCACAAAGUAAACAUUGUGAAAAUGCAGCAGCUCUACGUCACGUUUAACGAGCUGGUGUCGCUGCAGAGCACUAAUGCGCAAGUGGAGCCCAACAUGGACUUGAUCUACCUGCUGACACUUUCUUUAGAUCUGUAUUAUACUGAAGACGAGAUUUAUGAACUUUCCUUGCUUCGUGAGCCCCGCAAUGCCAAAUCCCAGCCUACCUCUCCAACAACCCCCAACAAACCAGUGGUUCCGCUGGACUGGGCAUCUAGAGUGGCUCCCAAGCAAGACCCCACCAUCAUCAACAAACACAUUCGAAAAGUAGUGGAUUCUGUGUUUAGGAACUAUGACCACGACCAUGAUGGCUUCAUCUCCCAAGAGGAUUUUGAAAGCAUCGCUGCCAACUUUCCUUUCUUAGAUUCAUUCUGUGUCUUGGACAAGGACCAGGAUGGUCUAAUUAGUAAAGAUGAAAUGAUGGCCUUCUUCGUGAGAGGCAACUCCCCACUGCAGUAUAAAAUGGGACCUGGCUUUAUCCACAACUUUCAGGAGAUGACGUAUCUCAAGCCCACAUUCUGUGAGCAAUGUUCAGGAUUUCUCUGGGGCAUAAUCAAACAAGGAUACAAGUGCAAAGACUGUGGUGUGAACUGCCAUAAGCAAUGCAAGGAGCUGCUUGUGCUGGCCUGCAGAAAGCUGUCCAGAGGCACUUCCCUGGGGAGCACAUCCCCUUCCUCCUGCAGCCACGGCUCCUUGCCCAGCAGUCCCUCCCUGCCACCGUGUGCUGUUCAAGACGAGGUGUUUAAGUUCCCUGCCGUAGCGGGCAAGAGGCAGGACCUGGACGGGCGGUCAAUCACUCUGAUGACGGGCUCGGCUCGGAAAAUCUCAGUGCGGCUCCAGAGAGCCACGACCAGCCAGGCCACGCAGACGGAGACGAUGUGGCACGAGCAAGGCUGGGGGGUCGGUGGUGACAGCGGCUCGCACACCUUCCCCAAGAUGAGGUACAAGCUCCACGGCAAGAGUUCCAAGAGCAAGGGAUUUGCACAGUGGGAAAACGCCGCACCGCAGGCCAAGCCCCAGACGAAGAAGAAAGACGUCACGGUCAGCAUAGCGGAGCAGAACGGAAUGGACAUGCAGGAAGAGGAGAGACAGGAACCCUCGGAGGAUAGCUGAUUUACUGCCAUUGGGGAAUAAGGAAAGGGCCCGUGGUAAUGACAAAACAAGCUGACUCUGACAGCUCUCUGGACUUGAUGGGAUAUGUUGGGUAACAAAAACCUUUGCCUUGUGGAACAGUGGUAGACCAGCCUUGUUCCCAUCACAGUGACACUGCCAAGAAGGGGGAUGGGCUGUACAACGUAAAGAAGAGGCUCAUGCUAUGUCUUGGUGCAUGGGCAUAGUUUCACAGAUGAGAUGCUUUAAUUGGAGAACUGAAACAUUGAGCUCAACAGGGGGGGUUUCAUUCUAACAACUGUUAUGGAGCUCCCAUCUUAUUCCACUAGAUACACUAAGAAAUGUUUCUCCACUGUAGACCACAAAGCACUUGUUCAUAUCCACACACUCUAUGAACCCACGGUUAUAUGCAGUAUGAACAUAUGCCCUGUAGAUAGUAGACCAGAGGUUUUAAAUUCCCUUUGUUGAUUUACUGUUAAAAUGAAAAAGUUCAAAUUCAAAUGUGUAACAAGGGAACAAUUUUAAUGGUUUGACCAGGUUUUGAUGCUGACAUUGUAGGUUUCUAUUUUGUAAAGUGUUUUCAGUGACAAGAGUUAUAAGGGGGGAGUGAAAGAAUAGAAGCGAUGAAAGACUGAGGAAUGUUGUGAAGCACAAAGUUCAGGGAAUUUUAAAAACUGAAGUGUAGGUGAUGAUACAGGUAUGUAUAUAAGAUGAUCAGAUGUAUGUAUGGGAAAGCUCAGGAAGGCAAAGAAAUAAUGACAUGUGAAAAUGGCAUGUGCUGUUGACAAAUACUGUACUAGCCAUCCUAAAACUGCUCCCUUGUUAUAAGAUAAUACAGAAAAGGGUAGAAUUCAGUAUGGUCAUUCCAUUACAUUUUUGUUACGAGACGGGACAGAGCUCAGUCCAUUAACGUUAACUCUUAACUACAAUAGUGAUAAAGCAGAGCACUGUAUACUAUUUAUAAUUUAGGCACCAAGUCAUUUAAUAGUUUCUACUGAAUGGAAAAGGUACUGUUUCUGUUGUUUUUCCAGUGAGGUAAUAUCCGAGUGAUGUGGAACAUGGAGAAGCCAUUCAGUAGGGUUAGAUAAGAAUUUGCAGUCCCCACUAUGAUACAACAAAUACAUAAACUGGAAUGAUAUAAAUAUUAAGUACUAUAGCAUUACAAAUCAUCUAAAAUACUGUAUACGUACUGUCUGUAUGAAUGAGACAAUCUUUAGUUUAGUUUAUUCACUUUGUUCCCACAGCACCAGCACAGGUACAUCUCAAUAGUGCAGCACUAAUAUAAAGAGAGACCUAAGCAAACCAUACUCAAUAAUAAACAAUAUAACAAUUACUACACAUCCAAGUAAUAUCACUAAAAACACACAUAUAUAUUAAAAAUAUAAAGAUAUUAAUAUAUCUAUAUUUUACACUAAAACAAGUUCUCCUCAAACGCCAGUGAUGCUGAACAGCAGAUUUAAACCCAGAGAAUCUGGCAAAGACACAGUGGAAUCCAGAAGAGCAAUCCUCAACCACAAGGCUAUGCCAAAGAAAAAAUUAACGACACAACUGAAGGUGAAAAGGACUGAUGGUCAGAGUAUCUCUGUGGAGACUCUCAGCCCAGGUCUAUUACGAGCACAGUCUGACAUAGAGGUAGAACACAGUGAAUGCAGAGCCUUAUAGAAAUGAACAAUAAAAUAAGACCUUAAGCAACUUAAUGGUUUAAGAGAAGAGCCACUUGAAUGUUUACAGCAUGAAGCAGCAAUGGUAGCAGGCACAAGCCCUCAAGUAGUAGUUACUAUUCUUAAAAAUCUUAACAAAAACAUACAGUGCUAUUUGAUUGAUCUAAACAAGGGAGGUAUUGAUUAUCCACACUUUCACCAGUUAGCACUUAGAACUUCUGAAGGAGGGAGUCCAGAAGUCAAAAAGGCUGAAAUGGAUUUCAUCAAAGCCUUUUUGUUUUUUUCCAUGAACUUUAUUUUGCAAAGGUGUUUGUGGUGUGGGGGGCUCUCUACUGUGCCUGUUUAAAUCAAUUGAAUAAACUACGCCGCUCAGAGACACAGGAGCACAUCAUUAGGGUUAUUGAUUUUAAUGGUUAUUGGUUUUAUGGAACCGUUUGUUACUAGACUGCUUAAUGUUGGCUAAAUCAUAUCCAUCUGCUUUUCUCUAAACGAGGAGGCUACAACAGGAAGACAUACCCGACACCCAGCACCCCUCCAGACCCCUUUCCAGGUUUGUUACACUCUUCCCCCUAUAACUAGUAAAACAGGUCAUGCCAAUGUGUUUAUGAUUCAUAUAAAGAAAACUUGCUGAAAGUUCAACUAUAGUGACCAUACUAGGGGCUUGGAAAUAGGUGUUUUACAUUAAAACAGAACUAUCUGAGACCUGAAAAGGUGUGGUAUUUAUAGGCACAGUGUGGUGCCUAUAAUGUCAGGACACCAUAGCUUGUGCUGAAAGGCUGUAUACACACAGUGUGAUGCAAUAGUGCCCCGAUAGAAUUGCGAUUCUACGCUUUUACAGGCAUGCUACUAUUUAGAUAACAAUGUCCAGAAUAUUUUAUAAAACUCAUCAUUGUGUGCUUUGUAGAGCGGCAAUGACCAAGAAGGAGUUUUUUGUUCUUGAUCCAAUUUCAAAUAAGGGUAACAUUUUAAGCAGUGGUGUUUCUUUCAGUCCCAUUCCAGUUCAGCAGCUGGUUUUACCAAGUUUAAUUCAGCCUCUUUCUGCAGGUUAAACAAAACAAUUAAGUUCCAGGGUUGACAACAUGUUUGGAACAUGAACUGGACUGGACUGGAAUGGAAGAGCAGGUUUAAAGCAUCACAAGUGGUCCGUGUGUUCAAAGUCCUUGCUGUAUAUAAAAUGCAGGAUUCUCUUUAGGAUUCAAGGUGCUGCUGCAGAAUUGCAGAGUUAAAAGCACUUCAGCAGGUGCAAGGGCCAGGGUUAAAGUGUGUCUUUGAGAGUCACCGUCUGCCAGUCUGUACUCUUACAUUUUUAUUUAGCUGGUCUACUUGAAAACCAACAUUUCUUAUGUGUUUGUUUU